AUUAUUUUAAAAAAGAGAAAUAUAUAAAUGGCUGCUCACAAAUUAGUGCUGAUUCGCCACGGGGAGAGCUGCUGGAACCAGGAGAACCGUUUCUGCGGCUGGUUCGAUGCUGACCUUAGUGAGACUGGGAUUCAGGAGGCAGAGAAAGGUGGACAGGCUUUAAAAGAUGCUGGCUUUGAGUUUGACAUUUGCUACACCUCUGUUCUGAAGAGGGCCAUCCGUACCUUAUGGCUUGUUUUGGAUGGCAUCGACCAGAUGUGGCUUCCUGUGCACAGGACAUGGCGUCUUAAUGAGCGCCACUAUGGUGGUCUGACUGGUUUAAAUAAAGCUGAGACUGCUGCCAAGCAUGGUGAGGCACAGGUGAAGAUAUGGAGGCGCUCAUAUGAUAUCCCUCCUCCUCCCAUGGAGGCAGACCAUGACUUCUACAGUGUUAUUAGCAAGGACCGGCGUUAUGCUGACCUGAGUGAGGACCAGCUACCUUCUUGUGAGAGCCUGAAGGACACCAUUGCUCGUGCACUUCCAUUCUGGAAUGAAGAGAUAGUCCCACAGAUCCAACAGGGCAAGAGGGUGCUGAUUGCUGCCCAUGGCAACAGCCUAAGGGGUAUAGUCAAGCAUCUGGAAGGUAUGUCAGAAGAAGCCAUUAUGGAGCUGAACCUCCCUACAGGCAUCCCCAUACUUUAUGAGCUAGAUGAGAACCUGAAGCCUAUCAAGCCAAUGCAGUUCCUGGGAGAUGAGGAGACUGUGCGCAAGGCCAUGGAAGCUGUGGCAGCACAGGGCAAGGCCAAAAAGUAGUUGACUUCCAUAGACCGAUUUUGUUUAAACUCACUGAAGAGUUCUAAAAGAAGCUACUGCUAAACUUAUUUAACACCAUGAUUCAGUGCAUGUUUGGAAACUUGUACAUUAAUGCUGAGUCACAUUAGUAGUUAAGUACAUC